AUGUCGACAGAAGAAUAUGUGGACGCAGUGGGUUGGGUGUCCGACGACUCUGAAUUUUAUGGCAACGAAACAAUCAAGGCGAGGAUGGAGAGCAUAGUGUCGCCUAUCCCGAUCAACUUCAAUACGCCUCCCAACAUUGCUCGAGCUAACAAGAAGUCUCCGAUCGCUUUGAUGCAAGAAGCUCCCACAAUCGCAGCCAAGACUGCCGUAAGUGGCCGAUCUCGGACACUCGCGGGUCACACCACCACAGAUCUCAUUGAUGUCAGUACCACACACCGUGAUCCGUCAGCCUGGCAGCCUCACGAACCCGUUCUCGACUUCCUUCGACGAGCACCAGUCAUGAAUCAAGCGACUGCAAAUCUGGGUCCGUGGCUCUGGGUCCACAGUCCACGACUUCCUAGCCAUCAUGUACAGCAACAGCAGAAGACAGAUACCGCGUCUUUCCAGGAUGGCGGUACGCAGCUACUUCGCGCUUUCAAGGACCAGGAGGCCAAGAUCGAGACAUCGAAUCCCAACAAAGCUGUGGGCAUAAUCACGAGAUACUUGCGACCUUAUCGGGAGCAGCUCGAAGACGAUCUCCUUCAGCUUGCGGUCAGCACUCACACAACAUGCGGCAAAUGGAUGCUCUUCCCUACGAUCGACGAUGUGGCACGGGUCUGGCGGGUUGUGGCAGAAGCAGCUGCUGCUGGCAAACUGGGACCCACCUGCAAAGUCGCCACCUAUGAUGAGUUGAGACCACGCGCAGAUCAUCUCAUAUGCAUUUACACCUACGACUUCACCGAUCUUCCAGAUGUGCGGCGUGUGCUGGAAACGUUAGUGGGGCUCGAUCUGGUCUCGACGUCUGGUCGCCCUAUAUACUACAAAUGCGAUGCAUACACAUAUCUUGAUCUGGGGUCACAGAACGAAUACAAGAUCAAAGCUAGUCUAUACUCGAGCAAAGAUGUACUGAACGGCGAGGUGAAAGCAUUGCCAGAUGGACCUAUCUUACGACUGUUGAAGAGAAAUGGUGCCAUCGACACAUUCAUGUCUGGCUAA